AUGUCGAAUACUAUUGUGAUAGUCUAUUUGGGAGCUAACAGAAUCGAAAUUGGAAGAAGUGCUGAUGCGUGUCCACAAGAAAUUAUCGCCUGGAAAACAGGUAGUAUUAAUGAAAAAAAUAGGGAAGAAUUGAAAAAAAUAUUUGAACAUUACUUCCAAAUUUGCAACAUCUUGGGAAAUCGAGAAGUACAAGUGUUGAUACUAGAAGAUAUCUUCAUUUCUGUAGUAGAGAAAAGAAUUAUUUGUAGCAUCUUGUUUAAGGAAUUUGACUGCGCUCACGUUUCGUUUGUCCCCAGGGCCAUUGUGCACUGCUUAUCCUGUAAUACAAGGAAUGCCAUAGUUAUAGAUAUAGGUACCAAUUAUACUACAUGCGUACCUAUUUUCGACCUUAGACCUUUGCAACAGUUCAUAAAAUACUCAAAACGAGGCAAAAGACAGGUUGAGUCAAGAAUUCCUCUCCCGGGCAGUCUCUACAUGCCAAUAUUUUUUGACGAAGAAUACAACUCUAAAAAUUGUGAAGUAGAUGAAACCCCGGUAAUAAAUCUUGUCAAAAAUAUUGUAGAGUCACUUCCUAUCGACUUGAGAAGGCCACUGAGAGAAAAUAUCAUUAUAGUAAACAUUGAAGAGGCGUAUGAAACAGUAAUAAGGAAUUUAUUCAAGUUAAAAAUGGAUACGUCCAAAAUCCAGUUUCCUAAAAAUUACUGGCAGGCUGGUUCUGCAUGCGCGAAAAUACUUCUGCACUAUAAGGGGAGCAACAUUGUAGGAAUAGAAAGAGAUGAGUUUUAUAACAAUCCUCAUAUUGCUCCUGAUUGGUUUGAUUAUUACUUCAGAACUGGAGUGAAGCGCUUACAAUAG